AUGUUAUUUACCGUACUCGGAGUAGUUGCUCUCUUCCUGAGAGAAAGAAACAUCAGUUCCACCGUCUCAGGUCAAGAUGAAAGCUUCGACCGUCAAGAAGGACUGGUCACAGAACCCCCUGUGGCCAACAGUGAUGGUCGAGAAAUCGGUGACUGGUGUGAAGAAUCAUCUUUGCAUCUGGAGGAACAGAUCAAUGUUCAGACUGAGGAACCAUCACUGGAGGAACCUGUUGAUGGUCAGAGUGAAGAACCAUCACUGGUAGAGCCUGACAGUGUUCACGGUGAAGAACCAUCACUGGUAGAGCCUGUCAGUGUUCACGGUGAAGAACCAUCACUGGUAGAGCCUGUCAGCGUUCACAGUGAAGAACAAUCACUGGUAGAGCCUGACAGUGUUCACGGUGAAGAACAAUCACUGGUAGAGCCUGACAGUGUUCACGGUGAAGAACCAUCACUGGUAGAGCCUGUCAGUGUUCACAGUGAAGAACCAUCACUGGUAGAGCCUGACAGUGUUCACGGUGAAGAACCAUCACUGGUAGAGCCUGACAGUGUUCACGGUGAAGAUUCAUCACUGGUAGAGCCUGACAGUGUUCACGGUGAAGAACCAUCACUGGUAGAGCCUGACAGUGUUCACGGUGACGAUUCAUCACUGGUAGAGCCUGACAGUGUUCACGGUGAAGAACAAUCACUGGUAGAACCUGUCGAUGGUCACAGUAAGGACAUAGCCAGCUCCUCCAGCAGUGAUGAUGUUCCUCGAUACCUUUUCUACGCUGAGUCCAGCAGUAGUGAUGACUACCCCCAAGAGAUUUAUUCAGCCGGGUCCAACUGUAGUAGUGAGCUCACAGUCAGCUCCUACAGCAGCUUCUUUUCAGCUGAGUCCGGCUGUGGUGAUGACACCUCUACCAAUUUCGAGUCUGCCGAGUCCGGCUGUGGUGAUGACACCUCUACCAAUUACGAGUCUGCCGAGUCCGGCUGUGGUGAUGACACCUCUACCAAUUUCGAGUCUGCCGAGUCCGGCUGUGGUGAUGACACCUCUACCAAUUUCGAGUCUGCCGAGUCCGGCUGUGGUGAUGACACCUCUACCAAUUUCGAGUCUGCCGAGUCCGGCUGUGGUGAUGACACCUCUACCAAUUUCGAGUCUGCUGAGUCCGGCUGUGGUAAUGACACCUCUACCAAUUUUGAGUCUGCCGAGUCCGGCUGUGGUGAUGACACCUCUACUAAUUUCGAGUCUGCCGAGUCCGGCUGUGGUGAUGACCCCCCUCCAAAUGUGGUCUCUACUGAGUCCAGCUGUGGUGAUGACCCCCCUCCAAAUGUGGUCUCUGCCGAGCCUGGCUGUAGUCAUUACAACCCCCCAAAUGUGGUCUCUGCUAAGCCCGGCUGUAAAGAGGAUGUUGCUCAAGGUGCAACCUGUCAGACAGAGGGCGCUGUUCCACCUCAGCCAGAAAAGCUGAAGGAUGAAGACACACACAUCAUUGAGAUCAACUCACAGCACUAUAAAAUUGGUGCUGAGCUGGGCAAAGGAGGCUUUGGAACAGUUUUUGCCGGGACCCGUUUAGAAGAUGGCCUUCAAGUGGCAGUAAAAAUAGUCGAUUCCAAGGCUUUGCGACUCAUCAAAGUUGGUGGGUUUGAAAAACCCCUUCCAUCAGAGAUCGCUCUGCACUAUCUCGCCACUAAAGGCCCCAGGGUUAAACAAAUUGCUGAGCUUCUGGACUGGAAGGUUGAGGCUGAACGUUACAUCAUAGUCGUGGAGCGGCUCAUACCCAGUAUGAACUUACGUGAAUUUUUAAUCGACAACAAAGAAGACACCCCUGAGGACUUGGUACGGAAAAUCAUGUUCAACGUAACAAUUGCAGCUCACACGUGCUGCCAACGCGGAGUGUUUCACAGCGAUAUCAAGCUGGAGAACUUGCUGAUAAAUCCGGAGACCUUUGAAGUCAAACUGAUUGACUUUGGGUGCAGUGUCCUCCUUACUAAAGACUGUUACCAUCACUAUUCAGGUAUGUAAAUCCCUCAAAGCUCUAAGGAGCUCUUGUGAUGGGUCAAGGCUCAAUGAGAUUCUUGAAACAUCCGCUGUUAUUUAUCUAUACCAGGGGUGACAAAGCUCAGUCCUAGAGGCUUAAGUUUAGCUCCAACUUGCCUCAACACACCUGACAGAAAAUCUUUAGUAUACUUAGUAAGAGCUUGAUUAGCUUGUUCAGUUUCAUCUUAGUGGGGCUGGAGCUAAACACUGCAGGACACAGAUCCUGGGUUUAAUCACCCCUGAUCUACACUGUUGGAAAUUUAGAUGUUGUGCUAAUAAAAACAAAAUCUCUUUCUUUCAGGCACAAGACUUUUCGCCCCUCCCGAGUUUUUAAACACUGGCAGAUACCAUGGGGAGCCAGCGACAGUGUGGUCACUCGGGAUUCUUCAGUUUUUGCUAUUGUUUAAAAAAUAUCCAGUAGUAGUUGACCUCUUCAAGUUGCAUAACAGAGACAUAGAGUUUGCCAGAGGGUCAAAAGGUGAGAUCUUCUCUUCAGUUACAGAUGGUUGUGUAUAACAAUUUGAAUGUCAAUGAAAAAAGCAUGUUUAAACUUCAAGCCAAUAUUUACAUGUACUGUAUUUCUUUCUUUUCAGAAUGCAGGGAUUUCAUCUGCGCUUGCCUGCAGUUGAACAUCAACAUUCGAAGUAAACUGCAUGCUCUCCGUGCCCAUGCCUGGUUUAAGGUGAUUAAUACAUUUUGAAGAUUUUGACAAUAGUCAAAUGAAUCUGUCAUGAGCUGAGUUUCCAUCCUGAUGUGAAGCACAAUGUGAAGUUCACUAAAUAUAUAUUUAUAUAUUUUGUAAUUUUAAAUAAGAAUUAUGACCAAAUAAUUUCCAUCAAGUUGGUCGAGCAGCUGAACUGUAGUAUUGGUAACCUCGUAACCAACAGUAAACAAGGGAAGUAUAAUUGAGAAAUGUUCGCUACAUCAAAGUUCAUUUGACAAAUGCUUUUCCAUCAUGAACCCUUUUUCACACAAAUCCAAAAUGACCUCAAGUGAGCAUAAAACAUUUUGUGAAUUAAGGGAUUCUCAUUUAAAUUUGUUUCUCAUGUGAUUCUUAAAAAGGUGCAUCAACACAGGCUGAUGGAAACCCAGUUAGUGUCAGACGACAAUCCUGUGUUCUUAAACUUCUUUUUUUUAAUUGACAUUUAUUGCUUUUCUUUUAAUGAUAUGUUGUUUGUUUAAUGCAUUAAAGCUGUAACCUGAUCACUGUUUUUGUUUCAGGAGGAGAACAAGGAAGAAUGAGUAGAAAUACCCUAAUUUAAUGGGUAGAUCUAGUCAUUCCAGCCACACCAUGGUCCUAUAGCUGAAAGAAAUUUUGUGUAAAAAAAAAA